AUGAGUUUGCAACCAGAUAAGACGGUCUCGCAGCAGCCACAGACUACAUCAAAAAAGUCAGAAUCAAGAUUGAAAUAUGCCUUUGCCCAGAACACUGCUUUGAGGGCACUUGAUCGAAAGGUCUUAGAAGAAGGCCUUCGAAUGCAAUGGAAAUUUUUCUCCGAGGACGAUAAAAUGUUUGGCUCGUUGAGUAUUCGAGGUGGUUACGUCGCUCAUAAUAUCGGCACCUGGCCAUGGAUUCCGGGCGCGAAAGAAGAACAGGCGUUUGUGGAUGCGUACGAAAAUAUGGUUAAGAAUGUCCAAGGUAUACCUGCAGAAGAGAUCGACAACUAUUCUGCUUAUAUGGAGCAUCGUUUACGCUUGGCAACGUCGAUUGAUGGCGGAAAGACCCUUGGUCCACUUUUACAUGAAGUACUUUCCAAUAAAGUGAGCAACCCUGAAAUGAGAAUUGCUGCCACUGAAAUUAAGGAACUUAAGUUUCAAGCAGCAAAAGCCCUGCACCCUGAAAGAUAUGUCAAUACAAAUGCCAAUGAUGACAUGAACGUCGAGCAUUCUCGAAAGAAGCGGAAGACUUCGAAGGAAGUGACAGCAAAGAGUUUAGACGGCAGAAGCUUCGCGUUGUUGGCGACGAAGACGAAGACGGUCUGGGAAUGGAGGGAAACAGCAAUGAUGGGGACUAUUCUACUAAAAAAACAUGGUAGCUAUACUGUCGACGCCAAACCCCUUCAAGAUGGGAAGUCCCAGUCUCAAUCAAGUUCAAAGCAAAACAUCGAGAGUCGGGCAAUGGGAGCAGACAAACAUUUGACAAACGAAUUGCCACCUUCUAAAAGAAGAAGCUUGAUGGUAGUUGAAGAUUAUACAAAAGCAUCGGAGGAAGGCGAUGAAAAGACGUCGGUCCCCUUUGACACUCGCAUUUCCGCUCGCACUCCUGAUCUCGGAACCGCUUCUUUUGGCACACGAACAUCUGGUCUUCGCACUUCUCGCCUUCGCACUUCGAUACUGGUAAUCCUAACACUCGAAGCUCUGAAUCCCGCACCCUUCAGGAUCCCCUUGUCAGAUUUCACAAAACCACUCGCUUUACUCGGCAAACCGAACAAGAAAAGAACAAUGACGGACGAAGCAGAGGUUGAGGGAUAA